GCUAUGGCGUACCAGGAAGGGGAGUCGCUUGAAUCCUGGCUCAAUAAAGCCACCCAUCCAGCAAACAGACAAGAAGACUGGGAGUACAUUAUAGGUUUCUGUGAUCAAGUUAACAAAGAACUGGAAGGUCCUCAGAUAGCAAUACCGCUGCUGGUCCACAAAAUCCAUUCACCACAAGAAUGGGAAGCUCUUCAGGCGCUGAUUGUGUUAGAGGCAUGCAUGAAGAACUGCGGGAGGAGGUUUCAUAAUGAAGUUGGGAAAUACAGAUUUUUAAACGAACUGAUAAAAGUCGUGUCGCCAAAGUACAUGGGCGACACGGCGCCUGAGAAGGUGAAGACAAAGAUCGUAGAAAUGCUGUACAGCUGGACUGUUGCGUUCCCCAAUGAGGCCAAGAUACACGAAGCCUACCAGACACUGAGAAGACAAGGGCUGGUGACGCGGGAUCCAGAGUUACCGCUGGACCGGACUUUGAUUCCCUCUCCGCCCACACGGCCCAAACACCCCGUGUUCGACAACGAGGACAUGGGGAAGCUCCUUGCUGAGCUUCUCCGCAGCAAAAACCCCGAAGACCUCCAGGAGGCCAACAGGUUAAUCAAAAACAUGGUCAAAGAGGACGAGGUGCGGGUGCAGAAGGCGUCAAAGCGCAACAACACGCUGGAGGAGGUGAAUAUCAACGUCAAGCUCUUGUCCGAGAUGCUCUCCCACUACGAUAAAAACGCCUCCUCGGAGUCCGACAAGGAGAUUAUUAAGGAACUCUACGAGCGCUGUGAUAAGCUGAGGCGGGCCGCUUUCAAAAUGGCCACUGAGGCUGAGGACAACGACGCCAGUUUAGGUGACAUCCUGCAGGCCAGCGACGACCUCUCCAGAGUCAUCAACUCGUACAAGACGAUAGUGGAGGGUUUGCCCAUCAACGGAGACAGCCAGGAAGCUCGUGGGCACGCACGCAGAGACUCGCCCGAGACGACGGACACGCUGAUCGACCUGGCCGACGCGGACCCCCCGGCGGCCUCCGUCCCGCUCUCCGGCGACCUGUCGGACAUUUUGGCGGACUCGUGUCCCCCCGCCCUGGCGCCGCCUCCCAAGCACCUCGCCAGCCCCGGUCGCCCCCCGCCCGACGAGGCCUCCGACGCGCUCUCGCUUCUCGAUCAUGAGCUGCUGUCCUUAGGACUAAAUGAUGACCUCCCUGCGUUGCUGAGCGACCAAUCCAAGUCAAAGCCGGACGAAGCAUCCAAUCAGUGGAGUUCCUUACAGCAGGCCCCUGCAUCGAGUACGGACUUGUUUGGGAGUUCCGAGUGUCCCGGUUCACUCUUGGCCCCAGCAGAACCGGCCGUCGCCUCCCUCCGGAACCUUCAAGACUUGGCUAUGAUGGGCUUCCCGGAUCAUAAGAGUCACAUGACAACGGGAAGCAGUUUUGGGGUGCCCGCAGUGGUUCCUCCCCCUGCGGCCAUGCCAAGCGCCCUCUCCCCAGCCUCCCUCCUCCAGGGCGUCCUGCCCGGCUCGCCUGCCCUGACCCACGCCAAGGCCCAAAAUCUGACUUCCGUCCCGGGCAGCCCGCUGUUCCGCUCCCUCUCCCCGGCCCACCCUGCCCUCCGGGGAAGCCCGGCCAGAGCUGCGCAGAUAUCCCUAAGCAACGUUCACGUUCCCCUGGAGGCCACCAGACCCAGUAAAGUGUCGCCGGUCACCGCCUACGACAAGGACGGUGUUCGGGUUCUGCUCAACUUUGCUUCCGACUCCCCCCCCGGCAGACCCGACGUGUUGGUUAUGGUAGUGUCCAUGCUUAACACAGCGCCACUCCCUGUUCACGGGGUGGUACUGCAAGCCGCCGUACCAAAGUCAAUGAAGGUUAAGCUGCAGCCCCCAUCGGGAACAGAACUCGCCGGGUUUAACCCCAUCUUGCCCCCGGCCUCCAUCACGCAGAUCAUGCUGCUGGCCAAUCCAGCAAAGGCGAGUCACACUCACGCGCGCAAACGUCACGAUACUCCCCGCCGCAGACGGGGCGGACUCACAGGAAGUAAGCGUUUGCGUGUUUUCAGGAGAAGGUGCGCCUGCGCUACAAGCUCGCCUUCACGUUGGGGGAUGUGCUGUGCAACGAAGUGGGGGAGGUGGACCAGUUCCCCCCGCCAGAGGCAUGGGGACACCUUUAACCAACACACUUACACAGAUGCUUGUGCGCACACACACUCUAGUCUCCGUGAAGACCUAUUAUCAUUGCAUUAAUACAAUUGUAACAACCCAACAUUUUUUUGGUUUAGUGAUACAGGUUUUAUUUAUAUACAGCUGGUUUUUGGUUUUUGUCCCCCCCCCCCCCCCCUCCAGGUAGCUAACACUGAUGAAGACAGUCAUAUUUAAAGGGGACAUAUUUCGGAAAAUUUGCUUUUAAGUAAAUACAGUGCACCUUAAAUUAAAAGUGCCACAACAUGAGUAUUUAAAGUUGAGUUGUCGCUUUUUUAGUUUUUUUUCCCUCAUGUAGAUUAUAUUAUACAUUAUGCAAUGUUUGCGUCUUGGAUGCACAUACCUCGGGUCAAACGUUUUCCAACAUUGCGAUACGCCCAUGCUUCUUCAGCAUGUAAAUCAGAGCCCAACGAUUUGAAUUUUUUUAUUUAGGCCAGUUGCGCUAUUUUGAAGAGAAAAAUUCCGAUAACUGAUUAAUCGGCGAAUUAAUCAAAAAAAUAUAUAUAUAUGUAUACAAUGAAUAAAAUAACUUUAGUCCCUUAAUGCUUACAGCAAUAAAUGCAGUGGAACCUCAGCUUACGAACGACCCGGUUUAUGUACAAUUUAGGUUACGUCCAAAGGUUUCGAAGACAAAUUACCUCCAGUUACGCAUUAUUUUCGGUCUGCGAACGGAGGGAUCUAUGUUGUGCUUCUACUCGAUCAUUGACGCCGUGCAUACAACAUUGCUGUAAGCUGAAAACUAGUUGUCUGCUCCACGCCUCUGCAGAAGUCUGUAACGCUUUUGUCAGAAGUUAUGCCUGCGCACCUUCGAUCAUCCAAUCAGAAAUCUAAUAGUAUUUGUGAUUGACAGGGGAAAAGAAGUCCGAAAAUCAUUUUAUUUUCAUCCCCAAAAAAGUAUUUACAGUAUGUAUGUUAAUUAUUAAAUUGUAGCGUCUCUUUAAUUAAGAAAUGUGCAGAAACUUGGCCAACAGAGCAAUUCAUCUUUUGAAUGACAAUGUGAUGUCCCACUUUGAUUUUUUUUUUUUUUUUUUCCUGAACAGAAAAAGACAACUUUCCCUGAAUCGCUGUGUUGUCCAAAAUCAACCAAUGAAUUAGAAAAGAAACAGGCGGGGAAAAAAAACAAAAAACACCUUAAUGAGAAUUUUCCCCAUGUUAUUAUGGAAGAAGAAUCUUCUUGAUUGAGGAGCUGUGGUCCUCCUCACCUAACCCCCUCCUAAGCCAAGGUUAAUCAGCAACUAUCAUGUUUAUUUCGUGUUUUCUAUAAAACAGUGGCUUUUCACUUAUUUCCAUAUUGCAAAUUUAGGUAUUUUUAACCAUACACGCCAAUAAUAAUAAUUAAAAAAAAGUAAGUAUAACUUCAUUUUGGGACUGGAACGGAUAAAUUCCUUCAUUCAUUUCAAUGGAAAAUGUUACCUCGGGUAAAGAAAGUAUAUGAAUUACAAGUAGAACAUUGGACUGUUUUACAAUACUCAGUCCUUUCGUAUUUGUUUAACUUUACAACUGCCUUUUUUUUUGGGGGGGGGGGGGGUUGUUUGAAUGUAAUUUUUGUUGAAAUGCGUUUAAAUUUUUUACAAAAAAAAAAAUCAGCUCAUUUGUAAAGGGCUAAUAUAUCGAGCAAUUAAAUCGGCUGGCCAAUUUCAAUUCAUUCAAAUUCAAUUCAUCGGUCGGACCCUAAUUUUAAUAGACACCAUGUCACCAAUGUUGAGUGCGAUUGCCCUCCACUGGGCUCCUUUCUUGUCAUACGCAAAACAAUGUGAAAAUUAUUAUGCUCAUUUAUUCUUUUUUUUUUUUUUUUUUUUCUUUCUGUGAAUUAAACUUGCUAGAUUAAUAUUUAUUUGUUAAUGGAGUCGCUAGAGCAGUUGGAAAGUCAUUAAACAACAACCAAAUGGCUAAUUUGGCACCGUUUCAGUAAACCAGUAAACGAGCAGCAGUGGCUCAUUUGCAUGAGACAGGACCACCCAAUUACAGUAUGACUUACAAAUAGUGGGUGAAAAGUCAAAAGCACGUCACCGACGACAACAACACAUCAGUCUUUUUUUUUUUCCCGUUAAUGACUAUAAUCCUGACUGAAUUACAGCACAAUGGGAAAAUGCGUACAUUUCAGAUUUGACACGAGAAAAUGAAUCCGUUAAAUGUGACUGAUUUUCAGUAUUUUAGCAUUUUAUUCACUGUUGACACAAAAUGUCACUCUACGUUUUAGCAAACACUUUCGGUUAAAACAAAUAUAUUGUUUGCGAUGACACUUAAGUACUAUAAUUUAUAACGGCCAAUGAAUUGAGUGUCCCACAGAUUUUAUUCCAUUUGAAUCUUGGUUUUAAAGUGCGGCCCUAACCAGGAUAAGCGAUGUUGAAAAUGGAUGAUUUCUAUUUGCUAAAUGCCAGAAUGGGGCUUUUUUUUUUCGACAAUUAUUUUCUUCAAAGUCAGAAGUUUACAAACAUAUUACUGUCUUUAAACAAUUUUGGAAAGCCCAGAUGAUCUCAUGUCUUUCAAAGCUCUGAAUGUUUAUUGACAUUUGUGUUAAGAGAAACUCCUGUGGAUGUAUUUGAAGGCCCAACGAAAACUACUACCGUACUUUUUCACAUCAUGGGAAAGUAAGAACAAAAUAAAAUAAAUCAACAAGCUAUCAGGAAGAGAUUUAUGGACUUGCACAAGUUUGCUUCAUUCUUGGGUGCAAUUUACAGAUCCCUAAAGGAGCUAUUUUUGGAGGCAUGUCCUGUGGUCUGAUGAAAUGAAAAUUUUACUCUUUUGCCAUAAUGAGCGUCAUUACGUUUGAAGGAAAAAGGUCAGAAGCCUGCAAUCCCGAGAACACCAUCGCAAAUUUGAAAUGUGGAUGUGGCAGCAGCAUGUUGUCGGGUUAUUUUGCAGUAGGGACUGGUGCACUUCACAAAAUAGGUGGCAUCAUACGGAAAGAACAUUGUAGAAAUACUGAAGCAACAUCUCAAGAUGUCAGCCAGGAAGUUAAAAGCCAGAGCACAAUCGGGUCUUCGGACAAUAACCCGAAGCAUACUGCCAAAGUCAAUGUUUUGUACUGGCCAGCACAAAGUCCUGAUCUCAAUCCGAUCGAAAAUUAAUGUGCAGACCUAAAAAGGAAUGUGCAAGCAAGGCGGUCUACAAACUUGGCUCUGUUCCAGUUCUGUCAAGAGGAAUGGGUCAAAAUUUCUGCCAACAAUUGUAAGCAGCUUGUGAAUGGAUAUCUAAACGUUUGGCCCAAGUCAUAGUUUAAAGGCAAUGGUACCAAAUACUAAUGUAAUGUAUGUAAAUUUCUGACUUUGAAGUAAGUUAUAUAAAAAAAAAAAGUCCCCCUCUCAUUCUUCUGGAAUCGCUAGUCUGAUAUCUCGUCAGUGACGGGGGGGAAGCAUCUUUUUAUAUACUGUAUGUUGAAGGGAGUUGACAAGUAAGCUUCAUUUCAACCAAAGUUGUACUUUGCUGCCAUCUUGUGGCAUGUAU